AACAUGCUGUAUUUGUCUCCAGGUGAGCUAGAGAGCCAGAAAUGUCUAACACAUUUCAAACACUGCAGAACUGAGCAAAGAACUAACUUCUUGUGUGGGAGUCGGGGGAGUUUAUCAAAUUAGUAGCAAUUACCUGGAAGCAUUCUGUCCUGGUUUACUUAUCUUGACCUAAGUUUGUUUAUUUGUCUGUGUGCCUGAACAAGUUCUUGUAAGCACAUGUAUAAUUCUACUUAAUGCAGCUCCCUCUAUUUCGUAUUUAGUCAGUAUUACUGUAUUUAUCACAGGGACCAUAAGCAAACCUGAUUAGAAUGAUAAGCAGGAGAGACUUCAUACCUCCCAGCCUCCCUCAGCUAAAACCAGCUAAUGGUGACGCUUCCUCUCGACAACCCCCACCCUGAAGAAAGUGUGCAGCAAAACAGGAUAUUUACGAAAAGCACAUAAUUUAAGAGGUGGUGAAGUAAAAGCCAGAAAUACUCCUUUUCUCUUGAUCAGUUUCUGAGACAUCAUAAUUAUUUUACAAUUUAAUUCAGACAAGGGACACUAUAGGUAGGUAUAAUCAUAUGCAAGUAGUUAUGCAUGGAUGCUGUUGUCUAGGUUUGUGUAAUUCAUGACUGGAAGGAUAUUCUUGGUCAUGGAUCAGAUUGUUUAAUCUCUUCAGUAAAACAAUCCUAACAAUUACUAUAUUACAGUCCUUGCUAAGCACAGGCUUUUUCUUGCUCACUUCUAUUAAAGACUGCUUCAGACCCUUUGUUGGUUAGAAAUCACAAUCUUAUUCUAUAGUCAGGCUAUAUAUACUUGGUCCUGUGAUAAUACUGUACUUAUUGUUUCUCAUAUCCCGACACUCCUUCCCUUUUCUCCAGCUUCUUCUGAAAGAGAGAUCAUAAUCUCUGGCAAGUUUUGUUUGGUAUUUUUUUCUUUUUUCUUUUUUCUUUUUUUUUCUAAUAAUAACUAACCCAAGGUCUUUUGAGAUGGAACACUCCACUCUCUUGUUACCCCAGCUGUAAGCUCAGUUCAGUGUUAGUGCUAGUCAAGUAGUGCAAACAUUGUUCCUUCAAUUUAAAAAAAAAAAUUCAAGAAACUGUUUCUGUUUAUAUUGAUAAGUGUCUCUGUCUACAAACUCCAAGUUUUUCUGGGUUUCAGGCUCUUUGGAGCAGCACUCUCCUUGCAGCAGUGCUGGGCUCAUUUGCUGUGCUCAGGUAACAGCAAAUAAGGAAAACUGGAAACAUCUUUUUAAAACACUACAUAUUGCUGAAUAGAUCAGGUCCAUAUUCUUCAUACUAAAUGUUGCCAAAAAAUCAUCAAAUCAGAAACUUUUAGUGCAAAAGUAUACUUCUAAAUUAAAACUUAAUCAGGAAACAAUUCAGAGAAUGGAAUUUUUGGUUAAAAAGAGUGAGCCUAGUAUAACCAUAGAGAGGUAGUGUCCCAUAUUGCAGAAGAUACACUUCAAACAUCCUUACAUGACCCUUCAGGGAACUGGGGUAAUGACUAGGCCCCAAGUAUUCUGUAUCUCCCAAUGAGUGCUGUGAACAGGAUCAUAUCAGUUGUUCUCUUUUCUGAAUUUGCAGAAAUAACAUGCUCCAGGAGGCCCCUGAGCUGCAAACGUCUGGAGGCUAAGAGUGCUCAGAGAUGAACAUGUAUGCUCUACUGCUACGAUUCUCUCUUAGCAUCUGGUUUUGACUAUAGUCAUAAACAGAAUUUGGGGAAACAUGAACAUUGAUUCUAACCCACUGUAGCUCUGUGCUGCUCUUGAAUGGUCAUAAACCAAAUGACAAAAAUGCAGAAAGAAAGAAGAACAGCCACAUCUUCUUUCACCCUUGAUAAAAUUGCAGGAAUUGUAGAUUUCCUUUCAGGCAGCUGGUGUUUUAGUGCAAAGUACUGUUUACUGCCAUGAAAAGAACAGUUCUUAUAGAAGAAAUUACACAGCUGAGUUGGUGUCCUCUCUGACAGAUUCAGGAACAGCUUUUGUCAGGCUGGCAGAAGCCUGCAGCUAACGCUUCAAUCCAUUGGUAGAAAUACCAACAAAACUGCUCUUAAUGAUUUUUCUGUUCUAGAUACUAUCUGGAAUGGGAGGAGCUGUGUGGCAUUUGGGCCUCCAGCUGUGCAUUGCUGCUGUGCUGCUCUUUGGUGGAGGAAGAGGGAGAGAGCUCUCUGGCAGCCUGAAUUGCCUGAAUAACUACGUGACUACUGUGAGCUGCAUGUGGGUAACGGAGAAGCCUGUGGGUGAUGGACCCUUCCACCUGCAUUUCACCAACCUCUGGUCAAAGGGCCACAACGCCAGCUGCAAACUGACUGCCACAGAGAGCAUGCAGAAUCAGUACCACUGCACAAUUCAUUUAGCCACCCAGAUCUUGGAAACAGAUGGUUAUAGAGUCUCUCUCCAAGGAAACUUCUUUGGACGUAAUGACACAUACAUGACCUUUCCAGAGUACAAUCCCCGCAAGCACAUAAAACUUGAUCCACCUAUGAACAUCCAGAGCAAUGCCACUGCCAGCAAGUGCCAGAUAUGGUGGAGUGUGUGGAAUGUGCCUUGGUACCUCACUGAAAUUCUCCAAUAUCAGUUGCAGUAUAAGGAGUACAGCAUGUCCUGGGAGGUUGCAUUGAACAAGACACUACCCAGUUCACUGCCACAGGUAGAAAUUGAAGCCACAGAGUUCCGUAGUGGCAUUGCUUACGCUGCAAGAGUUCGCUGCAAAGUUUCUGAAAGUGAGAAUUCAUACCACAGUCAGUGGAGUGAGUGGAGCCAGACAACAGUGUUUCAAAGAGCAGAUGUCCCAAAAGUCUCUGAAAAGAUUCUAAAUACCAGAACUAUGCAGUACUUAUUCAUUCCUCUUAUUUUUGGUGCUCUACUCUAUUUAUUCUGGAGCUGCAAGCUUUCCUCAAGGGCAAAAAGGCUCGCCUGCUUUAACAUUCCCACGCCAGCUGCUUUCUUUCAGCCACUCUAUAGUUUGCACAAUGGGAAUUUUAAGGACUGGGUUGGACCGAAUGAGGCUGGUAGCCAACUUGAAAGAGAAGAGGCCAGCAACUCAAGCAAAGUGAACGCAGAUCAAGUUUCUGAUCUAAAAACCCAAGAACUGACUUCCCAAAUCUCAUUGAAACCUACAGGAAGCACAGAUGUGGUUACUGCAGAAGAAAACUUUGCACUUGGCUCAGGUCUAAGCCAGCAGUAUGUCCCCAGCAGGUACAUAGGAGCAGAAGAGAUAGAGUUGUGGCCGGGACUAUUGUUUGCACCAAACCAUGCUGAUGAUACCAUUGGCCUGAAAAUCUCUGAAAUAAUUAAAGACAACCUUGAGAGCCCUAGUGUUGGGAGGAAUUAUCCCUCUCAAUCACAGCAUGGAAAGGGUGACUUUCUUAUGUUUCAAGAAUCUUUGGGGAUAGCAGAUGUGUCCUUCAGUGGUAGUGACUAUUGUACUUUGUGUGACAAUGAUACCACAGGAGGUUUGAUUUCUGCUGAACUACUGAAGAUUUCUAAUGGCAAUAGUUAAUGUUAAACAUCAGAAAGACCAGCGACCUUCCCUGAGGAAUACCGCCACAAAGUUUCCUGUGCUCUCCUAUCACCUCCCAACACCGUCCUCCUAAGCGGCAUAAACUGUGCAGUUUCAAACGUAUAAUUUUAAAAUACAUCCUCAACUUCUGUACUUCAGAAGAUUGUGACUAAGUCCCCUGUCUAGCAAAUACUACCCCUACAGGCAUGGCAAACUCUGACUCUGGCAACAUCUGAGGUCCCAUAGACUCAGACAUGACUAUGCCCUUCCCUGUAUUAACCUCCUGGCUGCAAGAUCUAGUAACCCUCUUGUCUAAGGAGGCAGCAGCAGACCUGCUUUUUUCCUCAGGAAGAACUAUUAGAAUUGUGUGCCUCUUGGAAGCAGCAAUAUUUGCAAUGUGACGAACCAUGAUUUAAACUCCACCAUUUUGUAAAAUCUAUGCAUGAUUUUUCAUAAAAUAAUGAGAAACUAUUUUUGCUUAAGAAAAUAAUUCUGCUUCUUAGCAUGAUAUUGAUGAAUUAUAGGAGUUCCUGAUUUGAUAAGAAUUUGUAAUUGCUCUGUUUAAAGAUAAUCAGACAGUAGGCCUUGUUCUUUAUUAUCUUGAAUGGCUUUCACUUUUUAUUUUGCAAUAACUAAGCCUCAUGUACUGCUUUAAAAAUUAUUUCAAGGUUAAGUGGCUGGGUUGAUUUAAUGGAAAAAGGUGAAAAAUAAGAAUAGCACAAAUGACCUUUACUUAAUCUUAAUGGCAUUAGAAGAGCGUGAUGUUGCUGUCAUUAACAGUUGCUGUCAUUUCCCCAGGGUGAGAAAAUCAGUAAAACAAUGCCACAUACCUGGAGGAUUUUGGUGAUCCCAAACUUUUAGACCCCAUUGCAUAGUUUGAUGUAGAGUCUUAAAUUUCUAAUCUUCAGAAUCUGAGGGAUGCUUUCUGAAAUUUUCAGAUCAAUUGUAUGUUAAAUUCACCAGGUCUUGACAGCCCUUUCUUAUGAACAUGGCUGCACUGAAAUGUAACAUUUUUUUAAAAAUCUUGUUUUGUUAAUAAGGUAUUCUGUACCAGUUGUAUUAGCAAAAUGAGAGUGGGAACAAUUAUAUUCAGAUAUGAGUACAGAGAAGCAAGUCAGGCUCCUGUGGAAGGGAGAGUGCAAAACUUCAUUAAUAGGGAAGCAAAAGAAAACUGAGAGAUUGAGUGUAGUCAGAAAUUACUUGAGAAAAAUGAAAAAUCAAAGACGCUGCUGCUCGUGUCCAUUAGGGCAAGAUAGAAAGACUAUAAGAACUGAGUCUGCAGAUGAUGACAGGCUGACAGUUAAAAGGCUGAAAUGAUACUCCAGCAUUAGCAGUUCUCCAGGUGAAACUCUUAAAAACUUUUAGCUGCUUCUGCAUUUAUGGAAUUACUUGAAAAUAUUAGUUGUUAUAGGUAAAACCAAAAAGCCUCCUCUUUACAAUUAGGUCUUUGGAAAAACAAAGCCUCAUUAUUCCCCCUGUCCUUUUGCUUUGUUUUUUAUUUUAAGGGUUUUUUUGUUUAUUUUUUGGUGUCAUAUUUGAGACCGGUAUCAGAUUCAAGCUAUGGUUUUUCACAGCUUCCUCCAGAAUCUCUGAACUAUUCUAAGGCUGACUUUUGCCUCUAAGAGUGAUACACAUCCUUCAAGUGGGAGAUAGAGAACUACAGUCUAAUAAGGAGAUAUAAUAUUGGCUCUGGUCAAACCUCUGAAGCCUUUCAUAUCCUGGGACUACUGAGUGCAUGCUAUAUGUAUCACCUGCAACCAGAACAAAGUAGACACCAUUUCCCCCUUUUUCUUCUGUUGAGUUUUGCCAAAAGAAACUAUUUUGGAAGAUAUUUAAGUAGUGCUUGUAAGCCACUAAAGAGCUAAAAAUGUUCUGUGACAAAGAUCUUGGUUUAAUUGUAGGUGUGUGUUUUGGUGGUGUUUGGGGUUGUUGGUUUGGUUUCGUUUGUUUGUGUCACCUGGGACUUCUACUCACACGAACUGCCCAGGGCAUGGGAGCUCUAUUUAGCCUCCUCGUAGGUCUGAGGGACACACCUUAUCUUCAGUUCUGUUUUUGUGUUGCUUCCUGUAUGGCUUCUGGGCCCGGGCAUCGGGUAGGUUAUAUUUGAAUAGCCCCCUUGGGUGGAUGUGGUAGUGUCUCCUCCUCAUCGGGGCAGUGUCCGUCUCCUCUGGGGCAGUGUCCCCGCUGCCCGGGGCAGUGUCCGUCUCCUCUGGGGCAGUGUCCCCGCUGCCCGGGGCAGUGUCCGUCUCCUCUGGGGCAGUGUCCCCGCUGCCCGGGGCAGUGUCCGUCUCCUCUGGGGCAGUGUCCCCGCUGCCCGGCCCAGCACGAUGCCCUUCGGCGCGUGGCCGCCGCCUGCUGGCGGAUCCCGGACGCCGCGGGCGAUUUCUCCCACGUCCCCCACCACAGGCAGCAUUUGCUUCCCCUGAUUCUGUCCAGCUGCUUCACAUCUUCCUGAAGGCAUCAUGCCUAGACUUGGAUAUACUAUUCAACUGCAUCCUCAUUAUUCUUCAUUGUUCCAUGAAGAAUAAGUACUAGGUGCCGUUCUUCAAUUCAGUAUGUCAUUAUGUGCUAAAAUAGUACUUAUUUGCAGUAACAUCUAUUAAUUAAUUAUGUAAAUUCUGCUACCCUGUAGCUCUCACAUCCUAUCUCAAUACAUUGCUAGUAACCUACUUUUUCGAAGCUUAUAUUAAUACAUUCGUUUUAUAUUAAUAUACUCGUUUUCUUUUUCGAAGUGCAAUCCUUCACACUUUAUGUAAUUUUAUAUUAUUUAGAGUGUAUUUCAAAUAUGUCAAAAUAUUUUUUCUCCUCAUGUUUGUCUCCCCAAGGGACUAAAAUCUUUACCAGAAUAAUAUCACAAAUCUUGUAAACAUACUUUCUCUUUCAUUACCAAAACUGAUGAAAAUAUUGA